UGUUACUAAACUUAAAUAUUAUUCUUGCAUGUCUCACUUUGAUUAAUAAUUGAAUAUUUAAUUUUGUUUGCACAGUUUUAUUUAAGAAUUCUUCUUUAGCAGAGUGUUUUCUUUGUAGGAAAUUUCAAAUCUUCUUGCACGAUACUAUCGAGAGAAAAUGGCGUAGUCUUCGAUAAGUCGAUAUAGUACAUGUAUACACCUGUAACUGUAGUAAGGAAGAGAAGGAAUUGUCAUCGAUUAAAUGGACGGGAAAAUGAGUUCUAACAAUUCUUCGGCUUAUCGCCGCGCCAACUUAAAAAUUGCACCUGGCGCAGUAGUGUGCGAGGAGAGUAUUCUGAAAGGGGAUAUUUCCAUUGGUGCGAGAACGAUAAUCCACCCUAGAGCAUGUAUUCUGGCGGAGGCUGGUCCGAUCAUUAUAGGGGAAGGCAAUAUUAUUGAGGAAAUGGCAACUAUAGCCAACAGGUUGCCACCCGAUGCUCCCGAGCCUGCAACGGUACCAGUGCAAAUAAUAGGGAACUAUAAUGUAUUUGAGACUGACUGCGUUUGUGAGUCGUAUAAAGUUGGCGAUAACAACAUCUUAGAGGCAAAAGCGCAAGUUAGUCGAGAAAUUGAAUUAACCAAUGGGUGCGUUAUUGGAGCUGCGUGCUCAUUGACGGAGCAAGAAACAGUACCAGAAAAUACAAUAGUGUACGGCAGCCAAUGUCAACGUAGAGAAAUGAACGACAAGCCAUAUGUAAUUGUUGUAUACUGUUGUAUACCGUCAGUUUUAUUCGGUAAUUUCACGUGCCCAAAUAUGGUUUUCCUUUAUUGUAUUUCAGCCUCAAAUUGGACAGUUGGACUUUUUGCUGAAAGUACUCCCGAAUUAUCACCACUUUCACAAAUCGAAUGUAAAGCCGAAACCUGGAGGACCUGUAUGAACAAUACGUACUCAGAUUCUUUGUAAUGAUAAACAUAAGAUAAGUUUAAUUUUUGCACUUAUUAUGUUAUUUAUAUUUGUUGAGAAAACUUCGUUUGCAAUUAUUCAACAAUCAUAUACAUAUAUAUAUUUAUAUAAAGUAAAAAUAUAUAUUUAUUUGUAUUAUAUAUAAUAAAAUCUUUUGUAUUAUAUUGUAAACAUGAAAUAUAAACGUUACAAUGAGUUUUGGA